CUUUCUAGCGUGGGAAUGCUUUGUAGGACUCUGGUUUGGAUGAGACGCUUGGAAUCAGACAGACGGCAGUCUCACUUCGUGUUCGAGCAGCCUACCUCGCCAGUCGCAGGUCUGUCGUGGAUGUGGUUGAUGCUCAGCGUUCGUCGCUCCGUUCCGCUGAAAACGUGACUUUUGUUUACAUGUGAAAUUCACUUUCGUGUGCACUGUGAAGCUAUACUCCAAUUCGUCUGUCAUAAACAAUGAUGGUGUGUGUUACAGUGCUACGUAAAUAAUCAGAUCAGAAAAAUACAUCGGAAACCCGGUUACAAAAACCUGAUGUUCGCGUUACAUCAUGAAAUUAAUGGUCUGACCAACAUAUGUCUGCUGCUUUUAUAAGAGAAUGACGCACAAGUGCAAUCUGUUAUACGUAACCUUGUACAAGCGUAACAACUGUGAUUGUCAGAUUUGACAGUACCGACAACAUUUCAGAAAACACCAAGUCUGUGACCCUGUGACCGUCUAAAGGACUCUACCCACUAAGGGCCUUGAACCAGCAGAUGGCAAACCGCUCAUGACUUGCAGAAGAGGCAACGAGUGUGUGAAAUAUCAAAAUCCUAUCGACCCAUGACUAUGCAGCCCAGACUGCGGGGCAAUGAAUUUAAUGCCAUCGAGAAGAAGCGGAGGUGGUUUAUCUGCAUCUCUAGAACGUGGCUACAGAGAAGCCGCCUAUAAUGGAAGAGGGUUCCAGCACAAAAAUGCGGCGGCUCUGGCACUUUGGGUCGUCUCCGUCUUCUGCUGCGUUCCUGUCGAUGCCCUCAUCAACUACAAGUCCUUCUGUGGCGAAUCAGCGUACAGCCAUCGCUUCUACAUGCGCAUCGUAGGAGGCCGCAGCGUCGUCAAAGGAGAAUGGCCUUGGCAGGUGGCUCUCCAGCAGAAGGACCCUUACAGUGGCAAAGGACUCGACCAGCACUGCGGAGGAACGCUUAUUCAUCCAUCCUGGAUCCUUACAGCCGCGCAUUGCAUCAUAGAUCCCAUCUUCAAGUUCGCCUUGCCACCCCCAUUCUGGACAGUGAGGGUGGGGGAAGUCAGCUUAUCCGUCGAAACCCAGAAGUCUUACCCAGUGUCGAAAAUCAUAACUCAUAAGCUCUUUGACCCAAAGACCUGGGACAAUGACAUCGCUCUGGUGAAACUAAGGGUACCACUGGAUCUGGAAGAACACGCUGGGAUGGUCAACACCAUCUGCCUGCCUUCCAGAAACAUGACUUUCGUUGGCCUCCAAUGUUCAGUAACGGGAUGGGGAAGAACCAAGGCACAUGGUACGAACUCAGACUUGCUCCAGACCAUCCGUGUCCCUGUGAUGUCCAACAAGAAAUGCCAGAGGGCGUACCGGAAGAUCAACCCCGUCGGUAACAGGAUGAUAUGUGCUGGAUGGGACGACGGUGGCAUGGGUCCCUGCGUCGGAGACAGCGGAGGUCCUCUGCAAUGCCGCGAAAGAGGAGGACCCUGGAUACAGGCGGGCAUCACCUCAUGGGGCGUUGGAUGCGCUGAGCCAACUUACCCCGGGGUUUACAUCCGGGUUACCGAGUACCUUGAUUGGAUUUACAAACAUAUGGAGAAAACUUAUUGAUUCGUCAUUGCCGGUCCUAUCCAAAACAGUAAAUACUACUUUUGCCCAAAAGUGAAGUAGAAAUAUUUGAAAAGUUACUAGAUAACAGUGAUGCUUCAGAGCACGUGGACCGUUGGUGUUGUGCAAGUGCAAGAAUUAUAUUAGUAGUUUUGAGAACUUAUUCUUAUGGCAACGAAAUGUACUAUUGAUCAUGCAAAUAAACCAAGUCUUCGUCGUAUGGUGAAUUCUCUUUUGUGAUUCAGACAAAAAGCAAAUUCUUGGGCAACUUUUCCUGUCCCAGACUACAGAAACAUAUUAUCGAAGAAUGAGGUGUGUCAACAAGAAAGUGCAAUCAUUCAUUAUUCUUUAAUAACUAUUAUAACUACCGCUUUGUCGACUGGCAAAAGCAAUGCUGAUUCACGUUCAGUGAUUAAUGAUUACAUAAAGAUAGCAAUCAACAUUGUAUUGGGUCUGAUAUUCUUAUCGUUUAAGACUACCGAUGGGAGAGCCUAUCAUAUGGACUUUAAAUUAACCAUUCUUUUAUGACUUGAAAUCUCUUCCUGGUGUGGUUUAAAAAUGAAGCAUAUGGCAUCGCACUUGUACAGGACCAUGAGUUGUCUAUUAUUUUGUAAAAUGGCUCGGGGAUUUUUUAUGAAAACAGAAAUAAUUUAUAUCUUUGGAGAUUUGAUACCUUGUAGAACACUUGAAAUUUUAUUCAUAUGGAGAAAUAAACGAAAGGAAAGAGUAACAAUAGCAUAUUACCGCACGAUAAUCAUUUUGUUCUCUUUGUUUCAAAAAUUCAGCUUCAGAUCCCUUAUCAUUAUUUAUGUUUAGAUACCUGGUCGAUGUCAGGUUAUUUUCUUAAUUCAAAAAUCCAGUUACUAAUGCUGAAUGACAAGGCAAAAUAAUUAUGCUCGCCUGCCCAUUUCUCAGAUUAUUAUAGGCAAAAAAUUAUCUAACAAUUUGAUAUGGUGCAUUUAUAACGCACAACACUUGUGGUUUCCUUAACCAAAAAGUAACUUGCUAUUUGUUUUGAAAAAGAAAAACAUUGCCAAAGAAAAACAACGACAGUGAAGCAUUCUAAAAGGAUCUCAUGAAAGCAGAGACAGCCUGAAAUAACUUAUUUUAGCUGCGAAGGCCGAUGGCACAAUGCCCUAUGACAGAUGCCCUAUGUAGCCUGACUACAGUGAAAUCAAGAAAAUAGGGGACGGACGGCUUAAAAGGUUAGAAGUAACCACUAACACCAUUUAAAAUGAUAUGCAGCAGGUAACAGCUAUGUAAGAGAUUAUAACUACCAUGUCGAAAUCUGUAACUGGUUUUAUCACCUUUAUAUAUAUA